AUGUCCAUUUCUACCAUUUCCACAGAAUCCAUUUCUACAAAAUCCUUAUCAACGAAUACUUCCGAGAAGAAAUGUAGUCCUGAUUAUAAUAAAGGGCAAAAAGUUGAAUGUUUGGUAGUAGAUUCUGGUCCUUUAAUUAAAGGAACAAGUAUUCGUUCAUUUGCUGAAAAACUUUAUACUGUUCCUGAGGUCAUAUCCGAAAUUCGAGAUAAACGUUCUCGUGAUUUUUUGAAUCAAAUCUCAUUCGAUAUUCAAGUUAAAGUACCAUCAGAUGAAGCAUUGAAAGAGGGCAGUUUGUCUGCUGUUGAUCUAAGGGUUUUGGCCUUAACUUAUAUGCUUGAGGUUGAAGCCAAUGGUACUGAACGGUUAAGAAAAGAACCUGUAAAAUCUCGUACGCAGUUGGGUGGUGAUAAUAAAAAUUCCACCAAAGAUCCCAAAACGAAAUCCGAAGAAAAACGUAUAAUUGUCGAUCAGCAAAUUGAUGAAGCGAAUUUAGUGUCAAAUCUAGAACAUUUACAACUCCAAGACACCUUAGUUGAGGCACCUAGUUCAGAAAGAGACGAGAGUGAUUUGGUUAUGGGAGAUGAUGGAGUAACUGUAGAAAGUGACACCGAAAAGAAUGAUAAUAAUUUUAAUAAAAUAAAAAAUUCAGAUCAAACAUCUAAAAAUCAAAAAACGAAUGAUUCUUUGGAAGUUUUAGGUCGGCAAGUUGAUUAUGAUGACGAUGAUAUUGGAUGGAUCACCCCGGAUAACAUUGAUGAAUAUCAAGCAAAAGAACAAAAGUUUGUUUUCAAUUUAAAAAAAGAUGAUGAAAAUAUGAAAAUUGCUUGUAUGACGACAGAUUAUUCUAUGCAAGAUCAGAAAGGUGAAGAACUGGGUUCUUCGAUGCCACGCGUGAUAACUACAAAUAUGGAGAAACAAUUUUGUCCUAAUUGUGGAAAUGCAACUUUAAUUCGUACAUCUACGAGUACGGACGCGAAUGGUAACGUGAUUUAUUACUUGAAAAAGAAUUUUCAAUACAAUUUACGCGGAAGCAAGUAUUCAAUACCAAAUCCAAAAAGUAGUCGUCAUGUCAAGAAUCUUAUUCUUCGUGAAGAUCAAAAAGAAUAUCAAAAGGCAUUAAAAGAUCAAAGAAGACAAAAGGAAAUUGAUAUUUUUGAUCCUGAUUAUAUUCCAAGACUCUUAAUCGGAUCAAAUCUUUCAAAAUCUAAUACACCAGUUAUUGGUUAUGGUCGUAGAAAUCCAAAUGAAGCUAGACGAGGAAAAAACAAAGGGAGAAAAAAGCGAUAA